AUGCCGUCCGCUGCCGCCCGUCGACUAUACGAGGAUCAAAUACCGACUUUCAUGUCCGUGUUUGAUCUGGACGCUGAUACCAUGGGCGACUGCGAGACCGUUACCGUCCUCGAACCGAAGCUCGUUGGCAUGGACUCCAAGACUGUCCUGCCCACGCACGGUCAGGAUGGUACCAUUCACCAGGACCAAAACCAUAAACAUAGCGACAGCACAUCGACGCAAAUGUCAGAGUCGGCCGACUCCUCGCCUACCACAACAUUAUCAACCACUGACUCGUCACCUCUUACUGAUCGCUCACCCUCUUCCUCGCCGGACUCUCCCGUCAAUACCAACCUUAUUCCUCUCAACAACUACCCGAGUACUACCUUUGGCGCACUUGCCUUGAGCAAUGUCACUAGCUCCUUCCCGGCCAGCGACUCGCCUGCCCUCAGCCGUCCUAUGACCUGUCCCGCCCCCCGUCGCCCGCGUAACAUGAAGGGUCUCUCUAUUCUCCCGCCUCUAGCUGUCACCACCAUGACCAAGGCUUCCGCGAUCGAGCCCCCCUCGCCCUGCUUCAUCAAGCCUCAAAUACAGGCCAUGAAACGCAAACCCAGCCAGCUCAGCCUCCGUACAAACACCAAUGAACUUGUACGACCAGUCCUCCAGGUACCGCCUUCACCUGCCUUGCCGCCCAUGCUUCAGCGCCGCGCGCUUAAACACUCAACAUCGACACCGCAUAUGCUGAGUAUUAUCAAGACCUCGCAAGCCCCGAUUCUCCCACCCUUGCCUUCCUCGCGGAUGCUCGAACGCAACGAAUCUGGACUCUCUGAGGUUCUGCGACCCAUGAAGACUGGUAUGCGCUCUUCCUUUGACGCUGCCAUCACUGAAGAGGAUUCGCCCAUCAAACCACAAAUGGCGAACCGCCACGGGUGUGAGCCAUAUGACGAGAGUAUCAACAACGAAGACCAAAAGUCGCCCACAUAUCCCGGUGGCCCUAUCGCCAUCUACGAUGACAACGUAUAUCUGUAUCUGGAACCCACCGCAGAAGAGGCCGCCAAAUUUGACGUCGUCUUCAAUGUUGCGCGUGAAGUCGAGAAUCCCUUUGAGGUGCUGAAGCGAAAGCAGGCCGAGGAGCUCGCAAGUCAAAUACAGCCUGACUCUAGUCCAAUUCCCGACACUGCUGUCACUGCUGCCAGCUUCGCCACCGCCUUUGAAUUUCAGCCCGACGACGGUACCAUUGAAACGCCAACCACGCCCAAGCCCAACCCGCUCAAGGCUCCUGAAUACAUUCAUAUCCCUUGGGACCACAACACUGAUAUUGCACCAGAUCUGAUGCAGCUGUGUGAAAUCAUCCAUGGUCGUACCAAGCAGGGUAAAAAGGUUCUAAUCCACUGUCAACAGGGCGCGAGCCGCUCUGCCAGCUUGAUUAUUGCCUAUGGCUUAUACCUCAACCCCGGACUGAGCGUCAACGACGCCUAUCAUGCUGCCCAGGCCAAGAGCCGCUGGAUCAGCCCCAACAUGAAGCUCAUGUACUCGCUACAAGACUUUCAAAAAGAAAUCUCCAAGAAACGGUCGGCCCCAAGCUCGUCCGCUUUCCGCCCCCGCACAGGACGCAGUCCCAACAAGCAUCGUCUAACCUUGUCAGCCGAUGCCAUUGACGUAUCUCCCAAGGAACCCUUAUCGGCGCCAUUACCAAGUGAGGAGGAAAAGUCGAGGGAAGAAAUGCUCAAGGACGGCAGUAAACGCGCCCGCGGGAACUCGUCCCCAGGCCUGCAAAGCGUGUCACCCGGGCCGGCCUCAGCCCCAUUGACCUUUUCCUGGAAGAAUAUCGAACCCUUUGCCCCGGUAGAAAAUGACAACAGCAAGGAUAUUGAGCUGCCAGUGCCGCCAAUGCCCACGAUGGCAGCUCCGUCGCCCCCCAUUCCGCCAAUGCCCACCGAGGCACCUCCGCCCAUUCCAGGUCUCGCGCCUCUGCGGCUUGGUCGCGUGCCACAGCGACCCAAGUCAAGCAUGAGCCGACCGGAACCCAGCUCCAAUAAGAAUACCGCCUUGUGGCUGGGUAGCUUACAACCGCCUCCUGGUCCCCGGCCGCGGUCCAGCGUGGGCACACGGCCGCUUCCGCUGCGCAGCUACCAAGACCAGAUGCCCACCGUGCUUGAUCCCCGGGCCCUUGCGCCCACCGCGAGCCACCAGACCGUCGAGCUCGCCCCGACAACACCCCUCGACGAACCGCCGCUGAUGUCGCCCCGUGCCGAGACCAUGACGAACGCGCUUCCCGACUAUACUGGCUUUUCCGGAUUCGCUGGUAUGCGAUUCAUGGACACGGCGGCUGCGCCUGUGCCCGUUGACAGCGGCCUGUUUUCACCGCGCGGCACGACGUUUCCGCGCGAGGCGGCAUUUUUCUUUGGUCAGCCAGCCCCGACGACGGACCCGCGCAGUCCACCAACGAGAGGCGAGGUGCCCAUUAUCCGAUCAAUUGAUGACCUGUUAUGA